UCAGGUGAACAAACCAUGCCAAGCUGCAACGUUCAUUUUAUCGUGUUUGGUUAUACGCUUGUUUCAGCUUGCUUUGCUUACUUGUCUACAAAUUGCGCUGAGAUUGCAGUGGAGGGUCGCCAGCUGGCCCUGGACAUCCCACACACCCUACUGAUCAGCAUUGUCAUCUACAUAUCCGUAUUCGAUGUCAUCAUCAGCAUGAUCCUAACCACAGUCUUCGAGGUGCCUUCGCCCGAAUGUCGACUGUCCCACAUGUUGAUGUCCGGAAACAUCAUGCUAGCCCCUCCGUUCCUCCUUUUCGGAGUCGCGAUUUGGUUCUACACCACUGCAAUCUACAACGCCCCUUUCACUCGCAUGAGGGCGCAGGAUCCAGCGGCACAUACCAAACAUCGAGCCGGCUUCAGAGUUCAGAGGAUUCAGAAUUGUUUCGGCCAAUUGAUGCGCGAGUGUGUCAUCGGCCUGGUGUACUGUUUGACGUUUGUGGUGAAAUUGGCUGUGGAGUAUAUAACCGAUGACCCUGAAGUUUUAUUCCUAGUGCGCAACCUGUGCUCUUCUGUUGCGUUUUUUGCUAUUUCGUGUCAUUCAUUUUAGCAUGCUCUAAAUUCCAGGCAAACCCAUACAGACCUAUUUCAUAGUUUUGUCCUGUCGCGCAUGCUUAACCGGUAGAUUCUUUGGCAUCAAUAAAAACUUAAUUUGAAGGGGGGUGCGCUCCAAAAGAAACAAAUAGUUGAAGUGAAAUGUUUCCAAAAGGUGCUGUUUCAAAACUGAUAAAUAGUCGACAAAAUGUUGACCCUCGAGAAAAGCCUACAUCCGCACUUGA